AUGUUGAAUUUUGAAACAGUUAACCAACAAUACAUUGGCGGAGUAUGGCAAGAUGGGAAAAGUAAUCGCGAGCUUAUCGAUUUGAAUCCGUAUACCAAUGAAGUUAUAACAAAAUUUAAAAUGGCUACCAAGGACGAUAUUCAUUUAACAUAUGUAUCAGCUCAAAAAGCAAAAUCGGAUGAAUGGGACAAUGUGAAUGCAUACAAGAAAUGUGAUGUUUUUACAUCGGCCCUGGAAUAUAUUCAAUUACACAAGAACGAAAUUAUUUCACUGCUAACAAAAGAAUUAGGAAGUACACGACUGAAAGGUACAUUUGAAGUUGAUAUUACGAUACAAUGUUUACGAGAUGUUAUCACAUAUCCUGUGAAAAUGGAUGGAAAAAUUCUACCAUCGUCCAUUGAACACAAGGAAAAUCGUGUUUAUCGAGUACCGGUGGGUGUCGUUGGUGUUAUUAGUCCGUCAAACUUUCCAUUUUUGCUGACGAUGAAAGCAGUCGCCUCAGCAUUGGCAACGGGCAAUGGAGUAGUAGUGAAACCACAUGAAGAUUCGCCUUUGACUGGUGGUGUCUUAAUCGGUAAAAUAUUUGAACAAACUAAACUUCCAAAAGGAUUAUUAAAUAUUAUCAUAACUGAUAUUAGUGAAAUUCGAGAUUCAUUUAUUGAACAUCCAAUACCAAGAGUCAUAUCUUAUACGGGUUCAACUAAUAUUGGCCGCCAUAUUGGUCAAUUGUGUGCAAAGAAUUUGAAACGUUCACUUUUAGAGUUAGGUGGUAAUUCAGCAUUUAUCGUUAUGGAUGAUGUGGUGGAUCUUGAAUAUGUUGCCCGCUGUGCUGUAGUCAGUCGUUUUAUGCAUCAAGGACAAGUGUGUAUGGCAGCUAAUCGAAUUCUCGUACAGCAAACGAUUUUUAAUCAAUUUCUUGAAAAAUUCGUUAAGAAAGUUUCCGAAUUAAAAGUGGGUGACCCACAAGAUCCCACUACACAUAUGGGCCCGUUAAUUAAUCAUCGACAGGCAGAAGAACUGACUCAGCUUGUGCAAAAAGCAGUUGGCGAAGGUGUAAAAUGUGUUGUUGGAAAUGGACAUGUUAUAAAGGGGAAUUUGGUUGAACCUACGGUUCUCGUUAACGUUACACCGGAGAUGACCAUCUAUCGUGAAGAACUAUUUGGACCUGUUGUGUGUGUCAUACCAUUUACUACUGAAGAAGAAGCAAUUAAAAUGACAAAUGACACUCGUUUUGGUUUGAGUGCAUGUGUUCAUACAAAAGACAUUGAACAUGGUGUUAAAAUAGCAAAACAAAUUGAAACAGGAGCUGUACAUGUAAAUGAUAUAACAAUUAAUGAUGAACCUUUGGUACCGUUUGGCGGUGAAAAACAAUCGGGCAUUGGGAGAAUUAAUGGACAAGGGUCAAUUGAUGCGUUUACAACUUCGAAAUGGAUAUCAAUUAAUCAUGACGAAAGACAUUUACCAUUUUGA